AUGUUUAAUAUUUUAAAGGGUGCCUAACUUUCAUUCAGAUCUAUCACCAAUAAAUCUGUUAACAACUAUUACAACAUCAUGAGAUAAGUAUCUCUUGAUUCUAACCCUAUUGUUCUCUAUCAAUCCAGUACAUUUACAGGAAAUGGUCUUUAGGAAUUUUAUGAAAAUGCUGAUGCUCUUACUAAGUAUUUAAAAUUAGUUCCUUUCUUCUUAGAAAAAAAUCUUUAUGAUCACCCUAAGUAAUUCGUUAUUAAGAUGGAAUUCCAUCCCUAAAACAAAGUUUUGUCUUUGGAUUGCUUAACUCAUCAAGGUGUUUUGAAAAAAACCGUCAACUUAGAAAAUUUAAUUCCUGUCCCUUAUGAAGACUACGUUCAAUUCUGCCGUAGAAAGUUAUUUAAUGCUCCUUUGUUUUUAGAUACUGAAAUGAUCUACUUUAACACUUUCUAAAACGAAUUCUACGUCUUUGAUAAAAAUGCUAAAUGGAAUGAAGAAGGUAUUAAUCAUCCUGAAUUAGACAUUUCUAAGCUCUAUAACGAAAAGGCUUGGUUUGACUCUCUUCGUAUUAUUUGA